AUGGUCAACUACUGGACGACGGAGAAACCCCGGGAAAAGGAGGACCUCACAGACCUCAUCGCUCCUGCAUCGCUGGAGGGGCAGGAAACAACUGGCUACAAAAGCCGCUCGCAAGAGUUCGCCCUCUACUGGAGGGAUGAAGAAACCCCAUCGUUACGGGAUGUGGCAUUCCAGAGGUCAUCAGUGUCUGUGCCAGAAACUGCUCAGGACUUCAAAAGACAUGUGCACUUCCAGGGUGCAGCCAUUGGUGUUUCGCAGGAGGCAUGUGAGGCAAAUCUGAUUGGUCUUUUUGAAGAUACAAACCUGUGUGCUAUCCAUGCCAAAGGUGUGACAAUUAUACCAAAAGGUAUCCAGCUAGAACGCCGCAUACUCAGAGAAUGA